GGAAAAGCUUGUAACAUGGACGCCUUCUUUUCCACAACGUGCUUCAAGCACUGCUUCUACAUCCAGAAAAGCCUGCUGGAGAUUUCGUACCAGUUCUUUUUUCCUUGUUUCCACAUCUUCCCUUCAUUCGUCUUUCCUUGUCACUUAAAAGAGCCUUAGACAUAGCUUCUUUCUCAACCUAUUACAUUGGGCGCUGGCUGUGACACUGACACCGACACCGCCAUUUCAUCUGAAAUGGACGCUGCCAAUGGCGACACAGCUCGACCUCGCGUUCUUUGCCCUGAGAAACUCUCCCCAGACGGUCUGACACUUCUUCGGAAGACCCUCGACGUCGACGAGAAGAAAGGCCUAACCCCGGAACAACUCAUCGACAUCAUCCCAGCAUACGAUGCUCUCGUCGUUCGCUCUGAAACCAAAGUCACAGCUGAACUGCUCGCUGCCGCACGCAGACUAAAAGUCGUGGCUCGAGCGGGCGUGGGUGUAGACAAUGUCGACGUCCCAGCUGCCACGAAGCUAGGUAUUGUGGUUGUCAACUCUCCAAGCGGCAACAUCCAAGCCGCGGCGGAGCAUACGAUCGCUCUACUCAUGUCAAUGGCGAGGAAUGUUCCCGAUGCAUGCGCCAGUCUCAAGGCCGGUAAGUGGGAGCGGAGCAGGCUCGUGGGCGUCGAAGUCAAAGGGAAGACAUUGGGUGUUGUUGGGCUGGGAAAAGUCGGUCUAAUAGUAGCACGCAUGGCUCGUGGCCUAGGAAUGAACAUCCUCGCCGCCGACCCCUACGCCUCAUCAGCUGUCGCGGCCGCAGCAAAUGUCCAACUCGUCGAAUCUCUGUCCGACCUCCUCCCCCAAAUCGAUUUCCUCACAAUCCACACCCCCAUGCUCGCUUCGACCCGGGGCAUGCUCUCCACCGCUGAACUCAACACCAUGAAACGCGGGGCGCGCAUCCUCAACGUCGCACGAGGAGGCAUCAUCGACGAAGACGCACUCCUCUCAGCCCUCGAGUCCGGCCAAAUAGCAGGCGCCGCAAUCGACGUCUUCACCAGUGAACCUCCCACCCCGGACUCCCCAGCAGCCAAGUUGAUCGCACACCCAAAGUGUAUCGCGACACCCCAUCUCGGUGCCUCCACCGUCGAAGCCCAAGAGAACGUCUCAAUCGAUGUAUGCGAGCAAGUCCUCCAGAUCCUAGCCGGUGAUCUCCCACGCAGUGCCGUCAACGCCCCUAUCAUCCUACCAGCCGAGUACAAGAAACUCCAACCGUUCGUCCGGCUCGUCGAGAAAAUGGGAUCACUGUACACUCAACACUUCACGUCCCCGACACAGCCGUUCGGGCGGAACAUGAACACCUUCGACCUCAUCUAUCAGGGCGAAAUAGCGUCCAUGUCCAGCACGAAACCCUUAUUCGCGGCAUUGAUCAAGGGACUCACAUCCCCCAUCUCCGACACAGAAGGCUUCAACGUCAAUAUCGUCAAUGCGGAAAUGGUGGCCAAAGAACGGGGUAUAUUCGUCAAUGAACAAAAAUCGCGGGAUCCGAGUACCCAGGCACAGGCGUAUAGUAGCCUUGUCACGCUUGUGGCAAGGGCGCCUAGUCGUGCAUCUUCGCCUUCGCUGAGUCGACAUCCUUCGGAAACGCUCGUUCGUUCAAGUGCCGUGGUGGCCGAGCGCGACGGUGGCAUCGGUGGUGGCAAACAGCACAUCAUCUCCGGCUAUUGCAGCGACACGUCUCCAUUCAUAUCCCGCGUCGACCGCUUCGCCACGUCCUUCGUACCAGAAGGCACAUUGCUAAUCUGUCAUAACUACGAUUCACCAGGCAAGAUCGGCGUGGUGGGCAGUAUUCUUGGCCGCGAAGGUGUGAAUAUCAAUUUCAUGAGUGUUGCGCCGGCGACGUUCGCUGCUUCUUCCUCCGACAACACGAAUGGAGCGUCUGCGGCGGCCAAGGAAUCCACCGAGGCGCUCAUGAUAUUGGGCGUCGAUAAGGAGGUGGGAGAUAACCUCAAGAAGGAAUUGGUCGCUGCUGAGGGCGUACUGAGCGUUAGUAGCGUCACUUUGUGAGAGAAGUCACAUAGAUGCCAGAGGAAUCAAGACUUCGAAAGUGGAGCAGUGAACAUUCAUGCCUUCUCCAUCGUACACCAACCAUAAGCCGCACGGCGGCGUCUUUAUAAUACUAACCUGCUUAUACUGUGGUACUUCAUACUCGAGGUAUAGGAUGACCUCCCACUCGUCGUCUCGUCCGUGAUAACCACAAUAUAAGGGUAUCAAUAACACAGCCCAAAACAGUCCAGUGGACAAGAUACACCAUACACCAUAUCCAGACUUCCGUACUCAUACAAUCGCGCCAUCAGUGAUCCCGUACAACAGCUUCCUCAGACGAAGAGACAAACAGCGUCCCAAAAUCAUAUCUCAGUGUCCGAGAACUCCGAAUCAGCGAUUUCCUCUGGUACCGUUAUA